AUGAUUGAUACUCAUCAUCCUUUUGUCCCGUCUUUCUAUGCCAAAGCUGUUGAGGCCGCAGGGGGUGCCCCUUCAGGCUAUCCCGUUCCCGAAUGGAGUCUUGAAGCCAGCGAGGCAUCGUUUGACAGGAAUGCAGCCUCGGUGGCCAUUCUUUCGCUGACCUCUCCCGGAGCUCCUAUCGCGCGGUCCAACCAAGGCUCUCGGACCCUGGCCUGUUAG